AGCUUCCUGUACUAUACGAGGUGUAUGUGUCACCCCAAGCCGUGCUGGUCCCAGUCAACAUAUACCUCAACAUCGCACCCACGGUAGGCAGGCACAAUACGAAGACUUUUGACUACCGCUCCCAUUUUCCAACCCACCUUGCUACUAAACAUGACUACUCUUUACCGUACCCUGUACCCGUCUCCCUCCGCCAACUCGCACACGACCAGCUUCCAAGCCUCUACAGAUCCUCGCCCUAGGCCUCCCCCGAAGUGGUACAGACUCCCUCCGUCAAGCCCUCCCGAUGCUGGGCUACACCAACAUCUUCCAUGGCUUUGAACUGCCCUCAACCCGAGCAAACGACUGUAUCAUCUGGGUCCCAUUACUCCAAGCCAAAGACCGUGGAGACAUAUCGACGGUCGAGGCCUUUGACUUCGACACUGUCCUAGGUGAUUGUGACUGCGUCUUGGACGCACCACCCUGCAUAUUUGCCAAAGAACUUCUCGACUUCUAUCCGCACGCCAAAGUGAUCCUGAACCGAAGGAGAGAUGUCGACGUGUGGCAUCGCAGUAUGAUCGAAGCCGUAAAUGCAUUGCUGAACAAUUGGAUCUUGUGGACCUUAUCCUUCUUCGACGCGCAAUUGUUUUGGUGGUUCUGGACACCGACGUUGUGUUUCAAGAUCCUGGCCAACGGUAAAUUCGAGCAGAUCGGCAAGCAAGUCGCGCGUGAUCAUUAUGAUGGUCUGGAGGCCAAAUUGCAAGAGGACGGCAGAGACUAUUUGAAUUGGGAAGUCACAGAAGGUUGGGCGCCCCUUUGCAAGUUUCUCGACCGCAAAGUGCCGUCGAAGCCCUUCCCUUCAGGGAACAAGUCCGGAAAAGAGUUCGAGAAGAACAUGAUAAAGGCGAUAGAAAGAAUGGUUAAGCGAGCUGCACUCAAAGCGUUCUCAGUCUUCGUCGUGCUCUCUUGCAUGGCAGUGCUGGUCUGGUGGACACGAUUGCCCGGUCAUUAAUACGUAUUCUGGUAGCUAGCCGCCCUAUCAUAUAGUGAAU